CCCAAACGCCUGGGCUUUCGUCGUUCACUGUAUGCCUCACUUUCUCGGCGACUCUUCUCUCUCCUCGUCCCUCACCGGCGAACUCUCACUAUUAGGUGUCUAUUUGUGAACGAAAAGAGAAAGAUGGAUCAGCAGGAGGAUGAAGGGCGUGCUGGAACUGAACAACAUCAUGGCAAGCAAGAUGAUGAGGAGGCUGCUGCUCGCCUUGAGGAGAUCAAAAAGUCAAUUGAAGCAAAAAUGGUUCUUCGACAGAGCAAUUUAAAUGCUGAAAGACCUGACUCAGGCUUCCUUAGGACAUUGGAUUCUAGUAUUAAGCGCAACACAGCAGUUAUUAAAAAACUGAAGCAGAUAAAUGAAGAGCAGCGUGAAGGGCUGCUUGAUGAGUUGAGAAGUGUUAAUCUUAGCAAAUUUGUCAGUGAAGCUGUUACCUCCAUUUGUGAUGCCAAGCUUAGAACAUCAGAUAUACAAGCAGCAGUUCAGAUCUGCUCUUUGCUUCAUCAAAGAUACAAAGACUUCUCGCCAAGCUUGAUUCAAGGGCUUUUGAAAGUAUUCUUUCCUGGGAAGUCAGGGGAUGACUCAGAUACAGAGAGGAACCUGAAGGCCAUGAAGAAGCGUAGCACGUUGAAACUUCUUUUGGAACUUUACUUUGUUGGAGUUAUAGAAGACAGUGGUAUUUUCGUAAACAUCAUUAAAGAUCUUACAAGCACCGAACAUUUGAAGGAUCGGGAUACUACUCAGACAAAUUUGACGCUUCUUGCUAGUUUUUCUCGACAAGGAAGAAUAUUUCUUGGACUUCUGCUAUCUGGGCAAGAAAUUUAUGAAGAGCUUUUUAAGGGUCUUAAUAUCACAGCAGAUCAAAAGAAACUUUUCAGGAAGGCAUUGUAUUCAUACUAUGAUGCUGCAGUAGAACUUCUUCAGUCUGAGCAUGCAUCACUUCGCCAAUUGGAGCAUGAAAAUGCAAAAAUCCUCAAUGCUAAGGGGGAGCUAAGUGAUGAAAAUGCCACAUCAUAUGAAAAGCUGCGAAAAUCUUAUGACAAUUUCUACCGCAAUAUUACAUCGUUAGCAGAAGCACUUGAUACGCAGCCUCCAGUAAUGCCAGAGGAUGGUCACACAACUAGGGUUACUUCCGGAGAAGACACUUCAUCUACUGCUGCUGGGAAGGAUUCAUCCGUUGUUGAAGCAUUAUGGGAUGAUGAAGAUACUAGGGCUUUCUAUGAAUGUUUGCCAGAUCUCAGAGCAUUUGUUCCAGCAGUACUGUUGGGGGAAACAGAAUCCAAAUUGAAUGAGCAAUCUGUGAAGACACAAGAGCAACCAACUGAACCGGCACCUGAAUCAGACCAAGGCCAACAAGCUACGCAAGACACUGGAGAGGUUUCUACGGACUCUGGUGUGUUGCAGGAGGGCAAAAGCAUAGAGAAAGGAAAAGAGAAGGAAGAAAAAGACAGAGAAAAGAGUAAAGACCCAGAAAAAGAGAAAGGGAAAGAAAAGGACACUGAUAGAAAAGGAGAGACAGAAAAGGAGAAACUAAAAAGUCUUGAGGGGACAAAUUUAGAAGCUCUGUUGCAGAGGCUUCCGGGUUGUGUGAGCCGUGACCUUAUCGAUCAAUUGACUGUAGAAUUUUGUUACUUGAAUUCAAAAGCGAACCGAAAGAAGCUUGUGAGGGCAUUGUUUAAUGUCCCUAGGACUUCGUUGGAACUACUACCAUAUUAUUCUCGCAUGGUUGCUACACUAUCAACUUGUAUGAAGGAUGUAGCUUCUAUGCUUCUUCAAAUGCUGGAGGAGGAGUUUAACUUCUUAAUUAAUAAAAAGGAUCAAAUGAACAUUGAGACAAAGAUUAGGAACAUUCGGUUUAUUGGAGAGCUGUGCAAGUUCAAAAUUGCACCGUCUGGCCUUGUUUUUAGCUGUUUGAAGGCUUGUUUGGAUGAUUUCACGCAUCACAACAUUGAUGUUGCUUGCAAUCUUCUGGAGACCUGUGGUCGUUUUCUGUAUCGGUCACCUGAAACUACUGUUCGGAUGGCUAACAUGUUGGAGAUAUUGAUGCGUUUGAAAAAUGUCAAAAAUUUGGAUCCUAGGCACAGCACUCUUGUAGAAAAUGCCUACUACUUGUGCAAACCACCUGAAAGAUCUGCCCGGAUUGCUAAAGUCCGUCCUCCACUGCAUCAGUAUAUAAGAAAAUUGCUAUUUUCAGACCUUGAUAAGUCUACAAUUGAGCAUGUGCUGAGGCAACUUCGUAAAUUGCCAUGGAGUGAUUGUGAGCCAUAUCUUUUAAAAUGCUUUAUGAAGGUUCACAAGGGGAAAUAUGGUCAAAUUCACUUGAUUGCCUCUCUCACUGCUGGCUUGAGUCGUUAUCAUGAUGAUUUUGCAGUAGCUGUUGUUGAUGAGGUUUUGGAAGAGAUUCGGCUUGGACUAGAAUUGAAUGAUUAUGGGAUGCAGCAAAGACGCAUUGCCCAUAUGAGAUUCUUAGGAGAGUUAUACAACUAUGAGCAUGUAGAUUCAUCUGUUAUUUUUGAGACGCUGCAUUUGAUUCUUGUAUUUGGUCAUGGCUCACCAGAGCAAGAUCUACUGGAUCCGCCAGAGGAUUGUUUCCGCAUGAGGAUGGUUAUUACUCUUCUUGAAACCUGUGGACACUACUUUGACCGAGGCUCUUCUAAAAGGAAACUUGAUCGCUUUUUAGUACACUUCCAAAGAUAUGUACUCAGCAAAGGUGCUCUACCACUAGAUAUUGAAUUUGACUUACAGGACUUAUUUGCGGAUUUACGCCCCAAUAUGUCAAGAUAUUCAUCCAUUGAAGAAGUCAAUGCAGCCCUAGUGGAACUUGAGGAGCAUGAACACACGAUCUCAACUGAAAAGACAAGCAGUGAGAAACACUCCGACACUGAAAAGGCUUCGAGCAGGAGUUCUCCCAAUCCUAUUUCAGCAAAUGGACAGAGUGUUGUUAAUGGUAAUGAGGAAUAUGGCGGGGUUCACAAUGACCUUGCAGACAGCGACAGUGAUUCUGGAAGUGACACCAUUGAUCCAGAGGGGCAGGAUGAAGAAGAGUUGGAUGAAGAGAAUCAUGAUGAUGAACGUGAUAGUGACGAGGAUGAUGAUGAUGAUGGGGUUGCACCUGCUUCGGAUGAAGAUGAUGAAGUCCAUGUUAGGCAGAAGAUGGUGGAAGUCGACCCUCAAGAAGAAGCAAGUUUUGAUCAAGAGCUCAGGGCUGUUUUACAGGAGAGCAUGGAGCAGCGCAGGCAAGAUUUACGAGGAAGACCUACAUUAAACAUGAUGAUACCGAUGAAUGUAUUUGAGGGAUCCUCCAAGGAUCAUGGCCGUGGGAUCGGAGGGGAAAGUGGUGAUGAGGCGUUGGAUGAGGAAGCUGGAUUGCACAAGGAAAUCCAGGUGAAAGUCCUUGUGAAGCGUGGUAACAAGCAACAAACUAAGCAGAUGUUCAUCCCUCGGGAUUGCUCUCUCAUACAGAGCACAAAACAGAAGGAAGCAGCUGAGCUUGAAGAGAAACAAGACAUCAAAAGGCUGGUUUUGGAAUACAACGAUAGAGAGGAGGAACUUAAUGGGUUGGGGACCCAAACUUUGAACCAUGUGCAGGGUGGCAACAGCAGAAUUCUAUCACGCGGUCACGUGUGGGAAGGAACCAGUGGGAAGGCUGCCGGCCCACGUCAUCGGCAUCAUAACUAUUCAAGUGGCGGAGUUUAUUACAGCAGGAAAAAGUGAAGGUUUCUGCAAUGCUGGAGAGCUUGACAUCAUUGAUGUGGGUCUUAAGAGAUGCACUUAUAUCUCAAAUUCUAAUGAGAUUCUUACACCCUGCAUAUGGGAAACGGUGAUUUUUUUGGCACGACUGACAUCGACCGUUUCCUACAUAUUUUGGCAAGGUCAUUCUUUUUUUCUCGUCAGAAGAGAGUAGUGCUACGAGGAGCAGAUACACAGGAUAAUUUUCCAGGUAAAAAGAGCAAUACACAAUUUUAAGUGUGAAUUAAGAGGUUUCUGAUCUGCAAAUGUGCCUGUGGGUGUGGGGUUGUGUGCUGUAAUCGAAUCCUCCACCUGCUGUAAAUAAGAAUAUGAAGAAGAGCAUUUGACCAAAAAUCUGCUUGGGCUUUCUAAUGUAUGAUGGUUUGGUGAUAUACUUGUGUAGUUAUUUGCCAAACUGCACUCACCUCUAGAAUUGUUGCUUUAUUAUAACAAUAGAAAGGGAAUUGCAUCUGAUCAAUUCUUGUAUGAUACUUGACUUUUGUAUAAAGCUGUGUUAUAUUGUGUUUGGUAAUGUAAGCAUCGCCUAUUUUAUUUUGGUGGUA